AGGAGGAGAGGAAGCACUCAGACAGGGGACAUAGUGCUGUUUGUAAAGGGAACCCAUCUAGGCUAUUUACAUAGGGGAAGGACACAGUCUGGGAACAGCUACAGGUAGGGUCAUUAAUAAAUAAAUAAAUAAAGGAACCUGACAGGACUAACAGCAACAUCUACCUCCACCUGGGACCCAUCACACUCGGCCUCAGCAUUAUCCAGCAACCGAGAUUUUGGAAGAGCACAGGUCUGUGCAGGUCUGCAUUCCCCCUCCCUCUUUUACAGUUUUUCAUCCGCCUAAGAGGUAUGUGACACGAAUUUGGACUGCUGACUGUAGAGAUGGGUGUUCAGUUGGCCUAGGAUAAUCUGCAAUCAUUCUGUGCUGCAAGAAAAACACGGUGAUGUCUGAGGAGGGCACCGGUGGGGAGGCAACAGGAGGCAGCUUCUGGGAGGCUGGUAAUUAUCGUCGCACCGUAAAACGAAUUGAGGAUGGAAACCGGCUAUGCAAUGACCUCGUCAGCUGUUUCCGGGAACGUGCCAAGAUCGAGAAAAGCUAUUCGCAGCAACUUUCGGACUGGAGCCGAAAAUGGAGGGGAUCUAUAGAGAAAGGCCCUCAGUAUGGUACUCUUGAGAAGGCUUGGCACGCGUUCUUUACAGCUGCGGACUCGCUGAGCGAGAUCCAUACGGAGCUGCGCAAUCUACUAUGGGAUGAGGACAGUGGCAAGGUGCGGGAUUGGCAGAAGGAAGCAUUUCACAAGCAAAUGAUUGGAGGCUUCAGAGAGACUCGAGACGCAGAAGAAGGAUUUAGCAAGGCCCAAAAGCCCUGGGUGAAAAAGCUUAAAGAUGUGGAGGUUGCCAAGAAACGUUUUCACGCGGCCAGUAAGGAAGAAAGGGCAGCUCAGGUACGAGAGGAUCAUUCGAAGGCAGAUGCCUCUGUGUCACAAGAACAACUCCGCAAGCUGCAGGAGCGCGUAGAAAAAUGCAACCAGGAGGUCGAUAAGGGGAAGGGCAUCUACGAGAAAGCUUUGGAAGAACUUAAUCGGUACAACCCUCGCUACAUGGAGGACAUGGAGCAAGUGUUUGAGACCUGCCAAGAGGCAGAGCAGAAACGUCUAUGUUUUUUUAAGGAGAUGUUGCUGGACUUUCACAAGCAUCUUGACCUCUCCUGCAGAGAGAGUUUCCACACUCUGUACAAGGAUCUGUAUCAGGGCAUCCAAACGGCCGAUGACCAACAAGACUUGAAGUGGUGGAGGAACACACAUGGACCAGGCAUGGCCAUGAAUUGGCCACAGUUUGAGGAGUGGUCCCCAGACGCACAAAGAGCAAUCAGCAAGAAGGAACGUAGCAGUAAAAACGUGGAAGAAGUGACUCUCACCGGCAUUGUACCAGCACGAGAUGGAGUAUCGGUAGAAACACCGACUCAACAAUUCAACAGAGGGUUUUCCUACGCAGACGAAGACACCGAUUUUUAUUCCGCUGUGACGGACACCCCACGCUUAGAUGCUGGGAAAGAUGAUGGAUCUGAGUGGUCGGAGGAUGAUAGUCCUAGAAAGUCGUUGGACAGUAAUGGUCGGGAGGUUUCACAGGUAGAGGGCGUGCGUGUGCGAGCUCUGUAUGAUUACACAGGGCAGGAGGCUGACGAGCUGAGCUUUUCGGCAGGAGAAGAGCUCAUAAAACUUGGUUCGGAAGACGAGCAGGGCUGGUGCAGGGGACGUCUCCUUGGUGGGAGAACCGGACUUUAUCCUGCUAACUAUGUAGAAGAUGCUGCGUCAUGAAGUCAACAAGCCUUCUCUUCCUUUGAGCUGUGUGCGUGCAUUUUGUGUCCUGAUCGGACAGACAACGAACAUUGGAUCCUUCUUGCGAAUCCAUUGCUGCUUUUAUCAUUUUAUUUUAGACAUGCAGAUUUUUUUUUUUGUUAAUAAACUGACCCAGAGAAUAUUAUUAGAGCCGCGGUUACCGCAGCAUUGUGAAAUCAGACAAGGGAUAAAACGGUGAGCUCUGAUUCUGAAGGGUCCACAAAACGUCAUCGGAAACCCCAGCGCAUAGUAAACUCUUACUUAACACUUAUUUUAUCUAUCACAUUUUGACCUCUGUCUGUUACCUGCAUCAACGUAGAAAUGUAGGGAUAGGCUGGCCCUUCAAAGCAGCACUAACGUUACAAUGGAGGCUGGUUUUAUAGGAAUCUCUACCAUAUGACUUUAUACAAAGCAGUUACAACAGACGGCACAGUUUGACGAUACAUUUAUCCUGAAGCAGGUGACAAAUUAUAAUUCUAAAAUAAUACUUACUGCCCACUUUUGCACAUGCACAAAAAAGAAAACGCCUUCGAUUUUCUAUAGUAGAUGUUGGGGGAACUUUUAAAAAUUAAAUUAUGACUCUGAUCCCAAAGGUUCAGACAUCGUCUGUCUGUCAUGAGGUGAUGUAACUGUAUGCACCUAAAGUGUUUAAACAAAACAAAUUCCCUAUAGUGUAUAUUUUUAAGAUAUUUUUGCUGAACAAAGGAUUAUGAGAAAUGUUGUAUAUGGCUCUGUUUAAUUGGGGGGAGGGGGUUGAAGGCUCACAGUGUAGUUAAUGAAAGUAUGGUAUCAUCCUUCCCCUUAAGCUCAGUCAGUGCUAGUUAGAAAGAAAACACAGGAUAUUUAACGUUUAACUUCCAGGGACCUCGUCUAGGCAGGAAGUAAAAACGUUUAGGAAAAUAAAUGUAUUUUAUGCUGGACACGAAUGAAAAGGGAGGAUACAUAUUUUGUGCCAUCUCAUCAUGCAAGUGACCUUAUCGUGAAAGAUUUAUUUUGUAUUUAAAGAAUGACAAUAAAAAAAAAAAACUUUGU